AUGUCGCCAGAGCCAGAACCUUUACAAUCCCGCUCAGAUGAGGAGGCGAACAACGAUGAGUCAUCAAUGGUACCUGAAGAAGUCUCCGUAACCUCCUCAGCAGGAACGAGAAACAGCAAGCGCACAGAGAGCGUGGGCACAUGUAACAGCAGUACCAGCUCUCACUCGAGCAGGAGCAAGGAUUGGACCGAGGCUACCCAACCGCCCAGUGGCAGCAUUACUACAUGUAGUGGCAGCAGCUGUUCCGAACAGAAUCCAGACGACGACGACAAUGAUGAUGAUGAUGAUGAAGAUGACCAACAGAGUGUUUCCAGUUUUCAUAGUACAAACACUCAUGCCAUGGAUAUAUCAGAAACAUCUGCAGACAUGGAUGGCAGUCCACCUGCACUGGCAUUGACAAUUGAUCAAGAUGAAGAUCAGGAUCAGGAGCAGGAUCCGCAGAAAACUGACUCUGAGCAAGAUCAAGAUCAAGAUCAAGAUCAGAAUCAGGAUAAGUCUGAUCAUCACAAAGAAAGCAGCUCAGAAGAGGAGAGGCAGAUUGUGACAUUCCAAGUUGAUCAGCAAGAACUGGAGGUAGAAGAACUCCAACUCGUGGCCUAUAAUCCAAAUUCCCAACAACCCUCCCAUAAGCGCCGCCUCAGCACCGGCAGUAGUACUGCCAGUACCAUACGAAGAUCAGAUCUCUCCUCCACUUCCCAACAUCUCGGACAUUUCCAUAAACCUCUCGAUCCACAAGAAGAGGAACGACGACGCAACGAAGUAUCGGCCGCCAUGGAGAUUUUAGAGCAUAUGCGACGCGCCAAUCUCGUCAUGGAAUUUGGACCCGGCGUCGAUCUACAUGCCUGUGUCUUUUGCCUCCGGGAAGAACGAAAACGACAACACAACAACAAUGAUAAUAGCAACAACAAUAAUGCCCAUCCCACUUGCCACAAGAAACCCAAACCGACACUCCAAGAUUUUCUGCUGCCCAAAUUCAAACCGCGCAACAAGGAAUGCUUGAUUUGUCACACGCCGGUUUGCAAACAACACUGGGACAGUGGCUUUUACUUUCAACAAAAUGUCAUUCUCUGUCAGGAUUGCGCGCCACUCUUUGAUCUCGAUAACUUGGUCGAGUGCAUGAACUUGAACAACAAUACUAAGACUACGACCAAGAACACCAACAGCAAUGAAACGUCCUUGGUGGUCGCGCAACAACAGCAGCAACAAAUCCAAAAGGCCCAACAAGAACAGCACAUGCGACAACUGUUGAUCGUGUACGAUCGGGCCUUGUUGGCAUUACGACAUUCCAGUCAAUCCUUUGAUGACAAUGCACGACGGAGACUCGCACAAACCAAUUGGCACAAGGAAGGAUUGGGGAUUGGCUCGAGUGUCACCAACAUUGCUUCGGGCGUGACCGGAAUUGCCGCCACGGCCGUAUUCAUGACACCCUGGGGGUCGUGGCUCCUAUUGACCAGUCUGGCAUUGGGUGGUAUUGCCACCGCCGUCGGAAGUGGGUCCUUCUUGGUAGAGCGACUUUGUCCCCAAACACGACAGGCCGAACAAACCAUUGCAUUGGCGUCCAUGGUGGAUUCCUUGCUGGAAGCAACGGCCAUUUUGCGACAGGCACGGAUUGCGGGGGCAUUGCCACCGGCGUCGUUUGAUGCAAGCGAACAUGAUGACUAUGACGACGACGAGGAUUUUGACGAUUUUGACGAUGACGCUUCGAUGCAAAGCAUCCGGUCUCUUCCCAGGUUACCACCAGUACCCAUCCGCACAGCAGACUCCUCAUCAGAUGCCACCGCCCUGUUCCUGCAAGAAGACAAGGAACAACAACUCAUGAUUACCAUUCUCAAGGCCAAGAUGGAUGCCGAGACACGACGAGCUAGAAAUCCUUUGCAAUCCGCCAUGAAACGGAUCAACAAACAGGUCAAGGAUCACCAACGCAAGCAUCCACGGCUGCGGCGUUUGAACAGGAGAAACAAGAAUGACAGUACUACAUUUUGUAGCAGCAACAACGAUGGCGGUGAAGGAGAAAAUGCCGGAGAAGAAGUUGGUCCAUUGAAACGAGUAGCGUGUCGAGUUCGAAAAGAAGUAACACGGGCCAAGAAGAAGACGGGAGAAGCAGUCGUGGUGGCAAAAACUGCAACGGCACUAGCGGCGGUGGGCAUGUCAGAAGGUGGCGUAGGUUUCAUUCGGAGAUUUGGGGGCAAGCCCCAUGGUGCCACUGUGGCAAAAUCCUCUCCUUCCACUAGUAGCGCCCCUGCCGAAAAGGACGACACGGAAUCCAAAACUGCGGAAAUGAAGUGCGAGGCUACAGGUGAAGGCACUCAUAGUGACCAAACUGGCGGCAAUGACAAGACUAACGACGACCAGACGAAAACGACUUCCGCAACGAAGCAACCGCAGCAGCGUAGAGUGUCGUUCAGGGACGAAAUGACUGCUGCUCGACAAGGUGUCCAAUUUUUCACCCGAAACUUGUUCAACGUGGGAUCCAUGGGCAACGGCGACGACGACGAAAACAAAAAGCAACAGAAAAACACAGACGAGUCGGUGGUGGUCCGACAACCCUCAUUCAAAACCGUCAGGUUCCCGUUCAAGGACGUGUUGGUUCGAGUAUUCUUAGUCCGCAGCAAUACAAAAGGUCCCGCGACGAACGACUUGACAUCCUCCAACGAACGCGCCCUUGUUGCCAAAAUCCGUAAUAAGAACAUGGACCUCAAACUCCGAGCUUCCGAUCGAGUCAUGCAGGCGUUCACCCGUACGAAUGUCAAGGUGGCCAAACAGGAUGUGAAAAGAGAUCGAAGACAACGGUUGAUGGCCAGUGGCGAGUCAGAUGGAGAGCAAGCACCCAGCAAUCAAGUAUUUGUGAAGAACGCUCGGUUCUUGGUGAAGGCGUCCUUGACCGUCUUGCGGGAGACGGCUCGAUAUGCUGGUGGUGCCUUUUCUGCGGCCAUUGUGUGCGUGGAAACGAUGGAACUCCAGGAGAAAGUAAAGCGCAUUCGAGGCAAAGGUUUGCGUUCUGCGAAUGCGGAAAAGCUAGAGCAACUCAAACAUCACUUGUGGGAAAACCAAGGAAGUUUCCCGGACACAACGACUCUGGAAUGGGAACUUUCUGGCAACGCCAAAGGCGAAAUUGUGGAAAUUUUCGACGGUGACGGGAACAGUAGCAUCCCACACUGGAGUAGUUCAUACGAAGGUCAACGACCCGACGGCAGUUGCGCAAACUUGCCGAUUAUGGAGGACUCAUUGUCGAUACCGGCCUAUGGUUACACCAUGGAGUUAUCGACACCCUACCACCUCCAUUAG